GUUGUUUCUGUUCGUUCUGACUCUCUCUUCUUCUUCUCCUCUUCGCUCUUUCUUGACUUGUUCUCUUUCUUUUUUUUUUCAUUUCUUACGCUUGAUCUCUUUUUUGAUCACCGCCCCCCCCCCCUUCCUCCGCGCGCAAUGGAUCCGAUGGACGUCAAGCCGACGCCGCAGCAGCUCAAACGCGAGCCAAUGUCAUCGCGCGCCGUUGCAUCGCUCAUCACCAUCCCAGCCGACGACGACGAGUCCAAGUCGCAGUCGCAGUCGCAAUCGCAGUCGCAGUCCCGUCAGUCACAGGGACAGGGACAGGGAGCAGAGCAGGUCGUCUACGAGCCAAGUGGAGCCGACUUUGACCAGUCCGAGAGCACGCUGCCAGCCGCAGACCAGGCCGCAGACCCCAUCGUCAAAGCGUUUGACGUCGUCCUCACACGCUCGCUGGAUGGCACGCUGUACCUCGUCCAAUUCCCACUUCGCUCGCCGCUCAACAACUUUGAUCAGCAGCAGCCGCAAGUGCGGUUCAAGCCUCGAAACCAGAAGCUCGAGUUUGUCUCGGCAAUCGCUCGCGGACAGUACUACGACCCCAAUCGUGGAAGUGCGCUGGCAAAAUCCGCCAACGAGGGUGUCAAGCUCGCCCACGACGGUGUGCUGGCGGCGGGCGCGGCCGGUCCGUCUGCGGGUGCGACCGGCGGCGCUGCUGGUGGUCUGUCUGCGUCGGCUGCGGCUGCAGCCACUGUCUCGGCGCGUGCUGCCUUUGGAAGCGACACCGUCGCGGCUCAUGCCGCGUUCACCACUUCGAGCUACACAACGACUGCCCAGCAGGUCGACACUGGCAAGGCGGAGGCCAAGCGCCCCUUCCCGUUCAACCAGAUCGACCGCAGCAUCCUCUCGUCGACCACUGUGCCCAUUCGAGCGCACAACAUGAUUUGCUACACGCGCGGCGGGUCCAUUUACACGCACCAGACAUCCGGCAUCUUGCAGAUGCGACCCAAUCUCGACUACAUGGACAUGGUUGUGGCUGCCGAAAAGGCCGAGAUUGCCGAGACGGCCGCGGACGAAGAUGGCAACGACGGGCUCUCGGCCGCCUCGAGUGCGGCAGGCGCAAGCGCAAUGGACGCGGGCCAAGCCGCGGGCGACGAGGUUGUGCAGGUCAAGUUUGCCCGCAAAGAGUCAGAGAAGGCCCUGCAAGCUCGCAAGCGGUCGCACGCCUACUUGCAGGCGCAGCUCGAAGAGGAGAGCUGGAAGCCCAUGACCUACUACAACACCACCAGCGAUGUCGCCAGCUCCGCGUGGGACCGCUUUUUCGAUGUUGCUGCCGACCCCGACAAGCUGCCAUUGAGCGCGCUGCAACUGGAGACGCGCGACUACCUUGGACUGUUGAGUCCCGUGCAUCAGCAAGGCACGCAGUUUUCGGCUGGCCCUGUCGCGCGCGGCGUGUCGAGCAACAGCUCGCUCUCCGACCGCGUCUUUUCCAUUCUCGUCAAUGCUCAGAUUCUCUCCACCGACCAGCUCUUCGAGCUGCUUGGUGUGACGGACGAGCGUGCCAUUAUCGCUGCAGCAGAGCCAUGCGCCGGCCUUGUUCGUGGCAAUUGGAUUGUCAAGAGCGACUUGCUUUUCAGCGGCCAAACGCACAGCGCCACGACCGACACCAGCGUCAAGCAGCUCAUUCGUUGUCGCGACUGUGUCCUGCACUUGUUUACCACCAAGCGUGUUGUCACCCGCAAAGAGAUUCUCGAGCUCGUCAAAAUCCAGACAGAAGACUUGACCGAGAUUCUCCACGGCAUUGCUCAGCCGCGCCAGCACGAGGGAUACUAUUUGAAAAACCCAGACCAGGAGGACUUUAUGAGUCGUCAUUCUCAUUUGGUUUUCAAGCACAUGCAAAUGUGGGAAGCUUUGCGACACCAGAGCCAGCUCGGCAAUGUCAAGCGCGACGAAGACAAGCCCGCCGUCAAGGAGGAAGUCUUGGCGCCGUACGCGCCCUUGGAACCGCCGUCCGGCAACAACAUGAACGAGCAACUCAACUCGUUCAUGACGGACGUGCUGAAGCAUUACGGCGUUGUCACUCAUAGUCUGAUUGUUGAGGCAUUGAAUGCAGCGCGCAGCGUCAUGCCUGAAAAGAACUACUUGUCGCAAGUCAGUGAAAACGACCUUCGCCAGGCCCUUGUGCGGCACUGCGUGUCGUUUGGCUCGAUGGGCAAGUUGGUCGCCAAGUCGAGUGGCGAUCCCAAGCUGGAUCGGUUCCGCGAUGCAUUCAUUCGCUUUGCGGGUGACAAGACACAAUUCAAGCGGUCCGACGCGCUCACGGCCAUCAAACUGGCUGCUGGAGAAGAUCCGCCGACGGCUGCGUACAACAAGAUCACCAAGGAGUUUGCCUACAGCAAGGCCAACAGCUGGGUGUUGAAGACUGGCUCCCUGAUGGACAGUGCGGCUCCAUCCGCGCCAUGAGUUGUGUUUUCUUUUGUUUGGCAUGUUUUGCCUUGUUGCUCAAGCGAGUACACAUUGUUCGUGCUUGUACUGCAAUUUCACCAUACAGCCAUCUCGAUGCUCGUCUCUCUUUGUUCGCCCCCCUCCCCCUUCUUCGUCAUACUCUUUGUGCACUGCUGU